GCCGUGGUGUCCGUGGAUGGGCGGCCGGUGAGACUCCAGCUGUGUGACACCGCGGGACAGGAUGAGUUUGACAAGCUCAGGCCUCUCUGCUACACCAACACGGACAUCUUCCUGCUGUGCUUCAGUGUGGUCAGCCCCUCAUCUUUCCAGAACGUCAGCGAGAAAUGGGUGCCGGAGAUCCGAUGCCACUGUCCCAAAGCGCCCAUCAUUCUUGUUGGAACUCAGUCAGAUCUCAGAGAAGAUGUCAAAGUCCUCAUUGAGUUGGACAAAUGCAAAGAGAAGCCGGUGCCUGAAGACGCAGCGAGGCUGUGUGCAGAGGAAAUCAAAGCCGCCUCCUACAUUGAGUGUUCAGCCUUGACUCAGAAAAACCUCAAAGAGGUCUUUGACGCAGCCAUUGUUGCUGGCAUUCAGUUCUCAGACACUCAGCAGCAGCCAAAGAAGUGCAAAAGCAGGACUCCGGACAAAGUGAAAAACCUCUCCAAGUCCUGGUGGAGGAAGUACUGCUGCUUCGUAUGAUGCUGGCGAGGGCCCAGAGGAUAUUUUCAGAUGCAAUCAAUAUUAGAGGCUAUAUUAGCUGAAAUGACUCCUUUUACUGUGUAGAAACUGUAUAGACUGUGUGUGUAUAUGGAUUAUAGGGGACUUUCUCAGUGUAUGUCUUCUGUCCGCCUUUGGUCUUGGCUGUUUGUUUGAGCUUAGGGAUCAGAUACUUAUGCAAGAUACACUAGAUAAAAGCUAAGCAUCCUUCCUAACCCUAGACCUCUGAUAUAGCGUAUGAAGAUGAAAGAGACACCUCAGACCUGGGAGUCAAGGUGAAGCUUUGCUCUAGGACAGUGUGAAAAGAACGAAAGAGGAGCUGUGGUGGUUGAGCUCCUCACUGAGGGCUACUUGAUGCACCGUGUGUUAUAGACGGACCAGCUAGGCAAGCACACUUCACUCUGAAACGCCUCCCUUUUCACUUUCUUUUCUUACGGAGAAACCUCAUCUAUGAAACCUCAGACCAGUCAGUUUUGCCCCACUGAAAUUUUUUGAUGAAAUUUUUAAAACAACCGACAAAGACAUCCCACUAACUCUAUGGCACCGUGAAGCCUAAAAAGGAAAAUUUGCUGGUUGGGAUCUUUCAUCCUUAGACCUGUUAUGUUGACAUAGCCCAGACGCCACGCGGGAUAAAGGAAGGGCUGGGCAAAAGCUUUUCUCUCUUCUUUAGGGAGAGUUUCAGCUGAGCGCAGAAUGUGAUGUCCACACACUUGCCCAUACUGCCCGGGUCUGCAGGUGGGCACGCUGGGCCCCACCUACCAGAAUUGCCUGUAACGUUCUGUGCUGAAAGCAGCUCAUCUGUGAGGCAGCAAAACCUCUUAAAAGGCUGCAGGUGUGUGUGUGGGACCCCAAAUGUGCUUUCCUUUCUGACACCCACAAAUGUGUGUGCCCAUGUGUGUAUGCCUACAUUUGCUGCUGACUCAGACUUUUGAAGAGUUCAUGAAAAAACAUGGCCACAAAAGCAGUGAGGGAAAGUUGGCUUCCUCUUUUCAUCACCAUGUUUUAGAACAGAUCUUUUUACUUAUAGCCGAGAUAUGGUUUUAAGUAUAUCUUCAAUAACACAUUUUGGAGACCAUCUUAAAAGAAAACACAAGUAUCUCUUAAAAUUGACUUUAAAAUGAAUGUCUUUUAAAACCUGUUCACCAGUGCAAUCCACAGAUGCCUUUUAGGGAAAUGAUUGCAGAGACCAAGAGGUCUGGGGGCCCACUGUGGCCAGCCAGGGGUAGGGAGUAUGCCGGGACCACAGCUCCCCAAUCAGCUGCUUCCUGACUGUGGAACAGUCCAGAAAUCACUUAUUUGUGAAACAUUCAUGUGCUACAGAUAACAGUUUUUAGGGCUUAGUCUUCUGGAAAAAAAAAUGCCAUAUUGGGAGAGUAGCUUUGUUCUGUGAUGGGUAUGUAUCAAGAGGCCAAAAGGUGGCCUGAGGCCUUGAGUCACAAUGACGAGCUUGCAGGUAUACCAAAACCCGGUCAGUCAUUAAUGAGGGAACUCUCUGUUGAGCCAACCAAUAGAAGGGUUUGAUCUUUUGUAGGUCUUGUGUUGGCUUUUUUUAUAUUUAAAAAAUCCAAUUUGUGUUUUUCUAUAGAAAUAAAAGACCAGUUUAUACUUUAGGUUAGGGGCUCCUUUUAUUUCUUAGUAAAUAAAAUUCAUUUCUUGGUUUAAAAACAAAAAUACAGCAACUGUUUCCUGUUUGUUUUGCAAUACAUGGAAAUGUAUAUCAACUUCCUAAAGGGUUCUGUUACAACCCGAGUGAAUAAAAUGCCUCCAUUGGGGGACAUGCACCCCACAGACCUGGUGAAAGGCAUUCUCAACUCAUAUGCCAGGACACCCCUCUGCGAGAAGUAGCUUCCCAGGCUGGACUCUGCCUGCCAUGGGGUACAGAGGAGAGGGCCAGAAAAGGGUCAUCUGACUGGUAGGUCAACGGUAUCUUUGUUUCAGCAGAGGUCAUGGGGUACAACGCAAAUUUACUGUGAAGGCAGAACUUGAAACUUGGGCACAGGGCCUCAAGAGCCUUCUCCCUUCAGGGGCCCCACCAAGCAGGGCCCAGAGACUGCUGGUGUGGCUGCUUCUGAGCACUUUCCUCAUGAGGCUUAUUUCUGACCCAGCCUGGUGCCACACGGACCAUUAGAUCCCAAAGCCAGAGGGCUGACAAUGAAAUGCAAGUUUUUAACAUGUUGUUCCACUUUAUAGACCAGUGAAUGUUACUUCUUGCAACUUCCCUCCACUUUAUAAUUUUUCUGUGAAAAGAUAGACUUAGGUGCAUUUCUUUUUUAAGUUUGUGCUUGGGUUAAAUAUGAAGAUGAUUCACAUCCAAGGGCAAACAUUGUUAAACGUACAGCUCAG